ACAUUAGCCAAUUGACAAAAAAGUCCCGAUUGUACACUUUGCAGUCGGAGGUAUUUUCAAGACGGCAGUCGGCAAACCCAUUUUGACAUUUGUAAAAAUGCAAGCUUUGACCCAUUUUGUUCAUGCAUCAUCAAUCAAGCAGCCCUUCUUCCUUCUUCUUUCCUAGUCAUAUAAAUCUAGAGAGAGAAAGAAGAGAGAGAGAGAGAGUUGAAAGGUAGUUUCUUGAUUAUUAAUUGCUAAAAUCAGAUAUUGUUUUUUCAAAAUGAAGCCAAUUUUCUUGAUUUACAUUCUUCUUCUUACCCUUUUCGUCUUUUUCCCUCCAAUUUCUUCAGCAAACACAACCACAAUCUGCCCUCUGGAUCUCGAUUACGUGCUCACAAUCCCAUGGAACACCUCCGAUUGCAGAGGGUACAAUCAGAACCCAACAAACAGCUCCAGUGGCGGCGCCGCCGGCGCCAGAAGCAGCUGCUGCCAAACACUACUCUCCCUCUACGGCGUAUCGCUCUCGCACCACCUCAAGAACACAUCCCUUUUCCAACUUCCCGAUUUGCCCUCCUCGAUUUCGUGCCUCGACAAUUUCCAGCAGAAGCUCACCUCCCUCUCUCUCCCCUCCGCCCUCACAUCCCUCUGUUUCGACCCUCUUCAGUUCGUCAUUUCGUCGAACAUCUGCGCCGCAAUCCAAACCACCGCCGACUGGUCGGCGAAACUCGGCAACUCCACCGCCGUGGACGCUUCUUGCAAACCCGACCUCACCGAUCUCAGCUCCUGCGACGCCUGCGUCGCCGCCGGCUUUCGCGUUCAGGCAGAUCUGAUCGCCAUCGACGGUAAUAAAUCCCACUCCGUUGACUGCUUUUACUUCACCGUUCUUUACGCCGCCGGAAUUGUGAACCAGUACGGCCCACAGAGCAUCGGCGCCGUUACUUGCAUCUUCGGCCUCUCAGUUAUCAACCCUAAAAAAGGUUCUUCGAAUAAACGCCAUUCUGCACUCCUUUUCGGAUUAAUCGGUUCAAUUUUAGCCGCCAUUUUCGUAUCUAGUGUUUUGUACUUAUGGUGGAAUAGGAAAAAUCAUGUAGAGAGGAAAGACGAAGUGGGGUCCACUCGGCCAAGAAGAAGGCCGACCACCGUGUCUAUAUGGUACAAAAUCGAAGAACUCGAGCGAGCAACCGAUAAUUUCUCGACCAAAAACUUCAUUGGUAGAGGAGGGUUUGGUAUGGUCUACAAAGGCACAUUGUCCGACGGUACAGUUGUGGCCGUUAAGAAAGUGAUCGAGUCCGACAUUCAACAAAAUGAUGAUUUUUGCAACGAAGUCGAGAUCAUCAGCACAUUGAAGCACCGAAAUCUAGUCCCACUUAGAGGAUGUUGUGUGUCCGAAAACGAAAGAUUCCUCGUGUACGACUACAUGCCCAAAGGCAACCUCGAAGACCGCUUGUUCAACGGCGGAGAUUUGCCGCCGCUGACGUGGCGGCAAAGGAAGAGCGUGGUCGUCGACGUGGCAAAAGGGUUGGCCUAUCUCCACUACGGAGUGAAGCCCGCGAUUUUUCAUCGGGAUAUCAAAGCGACGAAUAUACUAUUGGACGACGAUAUGAAAGCUAGAGUGGCGGAUUUCGGAUUGGCUAAGCAAAAUCGAGAAGGGCAAUCACAUUUGACAACUAGGGUUGCCGGGACCCACGGGUAUCUAGCACCCGAGUACGCGCUUUACGGGCAGUUGACCGAGAAGAGCGAUGUGUAUAGCUUUGGGGUUGUUGUUCUGGAGGUUAUGUGCGGGAGGAAGGCUCUAGAACUUUCCGGAGGGUCGCCGCGUGGGUUCUUGAUUACGGAUUGGGCUUGGUCUUUGGUCAAGGAAGGGAAGAUGGAGAAGGUUCUAGAUGCUUCCCUUUUGAGAGACGACGAGAAUCCAAAGGAGGUGAUGGAGAGAUUUGUGCUCGUCGGCAUUUUGUGUGCGCAUGUAAUGGUGGCGCUUAGGCCGACUAUUAUCGAGGCGUUGAAAAUGUUGGAAGGGGAUAUUGAGGUUCCUCCGAUUCCCGAUAGGCCUACGCCGCUCGGGCAUCCUUCGUUUUCGAGGGGAGGUAAUAAUAAUAAUUUUAGUAUUUCGCCGGCUUUGAGUGGGCUGCACUUGAAUUCGGGAGACAUGCUUAGGUAAAGAACCAAGAAAAGAAGCUAUAUAUGUUUGUAUGUAUGUGUAUGUAUGUAUAGAUUCUUGUGUAUCUAUCUCUCUUUGCUGAUGUUUGAGUAUGUGAAAUUGUUUUAUGUAAAAGAAAUAGAUGAUUUUGUAUGAGAGAAAUAACUAUUGAGGGUCUAUAAUACUACACCGGGUGAAAUACAGUGGAUAAAUCUUUACCAUUCAUAUGCACACCCACAUUUGGUGUGUGUAGAUCAACGGUAAAAAAUUACAAAUGGUAUAGUUUUCACCGGGUGUAGCAUAGAAAUAACAGACUAUUGAGUCAAGUUUUGCCGUACUUAAAGAGUGAUUUGUUAUCUUAUGCUUGUUUGAUAACAUGCAUACAA